AAGUCGCUUUCCAGUCCUGAGCAGUGCGUAGACCCGAAAGGUCAAACCCCACAGUUCGACGCAAUCCGAUUCACGGCAAUCGGUAAUCGAUCACACGGCUAUACUUUUCACUCCAUACUUCCUGUGGGUACGGCUUUGUUGGAUGCUUUCUAUUUCUGUCGAUUCCGAAACAAGCGUGGUGAACUCACUUCAAACAUGGUUGAGUUGCAAGACGUUUUUUACUACCAGAAAA